AUGUCCAAUCAAGAUAGUAACCAGAAGUUCAAACUUGAGAAUGUCUUCAAUGUCAGAGACAAAGUUGCUCUUAUCACAGGUGGUGGAUCAGGAAUCGGGUUGAUGGCCACACAGUCCCUCGCCGUGAAUGGUGCGAAAGUCUACAUCGUCGGUCGCACAAGUGAAAAAUUAGAGCGUGUAGCAGAGAUCCACGGAAAGAAUAUUCCAGGUCAAAUUAUUCCUGUUACGGCCGAUAUCACCUCGAAGCAAUCAAUCCAUGAGCUGGUUGAGGAAAUUUCAUCCAAGGAGUCCAAAUUACACAUUUUGAUCAACAACGCCGGCAUCAGAUCUGCAUCUCACGAUACCAGCCUCAAGGACCCCAAAGAACUCCAAAAGGAACUAUUUCAUAACACGAGCACCUUCGAAGAAUGGGAAGAAGUAAUGCGCACCAAUGUCACGCAUUCCUUCUUCACUACUACUGCCUUCCUCCCUCUCCUUACGAAGGGAUCAGAGGACCCCGGUUGGUCCAGCACGGUGGUUAAUAUGACUUCAAUUUCUGGAAUCAUUAAAGAUGCUCAGAAUCAUUUUGCUUACAAUACAAGCAAGGCGGCUGCUAUUCAUCUUACGAAGAUGUUAGCUCAUGAGAUUACUACCUCUGGGCUGAAGAUUCGAGUCAACAACAUUGCACCGGGGGUUUUCCCGUCGGAAAUGACGGCUAUGGAAAGUGAUGAGCAACAGAAAAGUAAUCUUCCCAAAGAUAAAUUGCAGGGCAAGGCGCCUGCUGGGCGGCCUGGUAAAGAUGAGGAUAUGGCGGGGGCGGUACUAUUCACUGUUUCGAAUCAAUACCUUAAUGGGCAGACUAUUGUUGUGGAUGGUGGAUUUUUGCUUCAGACUGGAACUGUUUGA